CUUUCCAUUUUCAAAAAACAUUUUCACUAUCAUUCUCACUUCUCUCUCUUUCUGGUCUAGCCCCUUUCUCUCUUUGUGUUCCUCCGCAAAACCCUAGCCCCUCCUUGAGUGCAUAUUUUUUCCAAGAGUGAACAAUGACACAAAUGAACGUCAAUACGGGACACAGAUCGAGCGUAUCGAGCGUGAACGGUUGAAAAAACUUGUGCUCAUCUUCUUUCGCAAAGGUUAUGAACUUUUUGUAGAUUUUCUACAAAAUUUCUUCUUUCACUCUCCCAUUUGUAGAUUCAAUUUAGGAGCUUCUUUGCAUUUUUAUUUGGCUGUCCUUGCAGUUGUUUUGUGAGUUUUAUGCAUAGCAUUUAUUCUGUUUUCAUGUAAGUUGUUUACACGUGUUACUACUCUUCCAGAAAAAAAUUUGUUUUGUGUUUUUUUGCGAGGUUCGAAUUAGGUGUUGUUUUGUUUUGAAAUUGGUUUUUGUUGCUGUUCAUUACAACAUUCAGAAUCGGUUCAGAAUGAAGAUACAAUGUUAGUUUUACGAUUUAAACACGGUAAACUUCGUUUUUGCGGUUUGACAUAAUUACGGUUUCGCUAUAGCUUGUGAUUCUGAGUUGGUUUUGGUUUGAAUUAUAUACAUAAGAAGUAAUUAUGAAGCUGAAUUGGAGGAUUACUUACAUGUUGAAGCGACGAGAAGAAGAAAAUUUCGUUUGCAAUCUCGCUUACAAAGUAUUCGAUGAAAUGCCCCUGCCGGUUUCUUGAUUCUUUCUCUUCUGUUUUAUUUUUAUUUUUUAUGAUAUCAUUUGGUGAUCAUAUUUGGAAGAAAUAUUAACUGGAGUUUUGUAAUUUCUGUUAUGAAGAAUUGCCCUGCACUUCAAUGUUCUCUACUUGACAUACAUAUAUAUUUGGAGACUUGCUGUGUAUAAUUGGACGACUUGCUGCGCACCAUAUGGAAUUUCCUAAUACCUUUCGAAGUUAUAAGUUGAUUGAUUGGAAUGUUGAGCCUGCAUCAAAAAGUUAAGUUAUUUCUUGAUUUAAAAAAUGCUCUAAAUUUGGUAAAUCAUAUCUUCCUAUUAGAAUUGUGGUUGAAUUAUCUGGUGAUUGAUGUAAAUCCACUUUGACACAAACAUUUGAUCUAUAUCCUGCUCUACUAACAAUGGAUUGCAGCAAAAUGAAACUCCACUUGACAAUUUCAGUGCAUGAAGUUCUGUAAUACAGAAAUGGGCUGCAACCUGCAAGUGUACUGUGUGCCCUUUACCGAAGGCAUUCAAUCUGUUUUUGUACUACCCGAAUGCUGGUCAUGCCGAACACUUAAAAAUGGUGCUUCAAUGGACUGUGUUUGUUGUGAAUACAUGAUAUGUCAUAUUUCAAAAUUGGAGGCAACACAUAUGUGUCUUUCUUUGUUGAGUCUGCUGAGAAGAAGUCGAAGAAGCGGCCGAUGGGGAAUAAAGAAUCUGUUCGGAAGUAUCGUGAGAAGCAAAAGGCUAUGGCUGCGUCGUUGGAGGAUGAGGUUACGAAAUAAAAGAAGAGAAUUUUUUGACAGAACACAAAGGCAAUGCAGAAACUUCUCAUAUACUAUUAUGAAAACAAUGGUUCACUACAAUCUGUGAAUUCUAGAGCGGUCAAUGGAUGAAAUGGAAAUGGAAAUGAGGAGAUUGAAAGUUAUAGCUGAAGCAACCAAUGAAUAUGUAUAGUAAAACUUGCAAGGAAGCCUUUAUAGGAUGAAGUGAGAAAGAGAGAUUACAGAAGUUGUAUAUGCUGAUUAGUCAAUCAAAAGCCUCUUAUAAAUGAGUUGUUAUGUGUUUAUUUUAAGUGAAAGAUUAUGCUUUUUUGUGACAUUUGAUG